AUGAAUUUUACCGGUUCAACGUUGCCAAAAUCUCCUAGCAAUCGACAGCAUGAACUUGAUUAUCAUGAGUUCAAAGUUGCAUUACGUGCCUUAGGUUUUGAAAUCCAUAAAACCGAAAUAGAAAGAUUGAUGCGAGAUUAUGAUCGACAAAAUACGAAUAAGAUAACUUAUAAUGAUUUUUAUGCAGUCGCUGCGGAAAUGGUACUUCAACGGGAUUUACGUGAGGAAAUUUUUAAAGCUUUUAAACUGUUUGAUGACGAUGAAAGUGGCAAAAUUUCAUUGAAAAAGCUACGACGUGUUGCACAAGAAUUAGGUGAUAAUACUAACGAAGAAGAACUACAAGCAAUGAUCGAUGAAUUUGAUUUAGAUGGUGAUGGUGAAAUUAAUUUUGAUGAAUUUAUGUCUAUGCUGAACUCCAACUGA